UAUUGUGUUAAGCUCCACACCGAGCGACGCCGAAAUAUGAGUUAACCCACCCCGACGGGGUUCCUGACCCCGAGGCGUCCAGCAGCUGACCCUUGACCCCAUCCUCGCCGAAGAGGAAGUGGCGUGCUUACUCUGUCUAAAGCCCCAGCUUCUUUGUAAAGGAGUAGUAUGCGUGAAGUGAAGUGUUUAUCUUCUGCCGCAGAUUCAGUCGGACUGGUUCCCAGCUCUGUUUGGAGAGGCUUGGGAAAACAAAGGGCCGAAGUCCAGGGCGGAGGGCGGGAUUCUCGGCUAGAUAGCUCCAAACUUCUGCUUCCUAGCGGAGAUUAGGCGUUAAAACCAAAAGAAGCUGCAGGGUUUCCCAGGUGUGCGGACCGCUGCAGGGCUCAGAGGCCAUGGACCGGCACCAGGAGAGGAGGGGACGUUUGGAAAGCCGCCUGACGGAGUACAUGGACGCCAACAAAUGCAUCGAUGAGCUUCUCAAACAGCUCGAGGAGGAGCGCCGGAACGUCCGAAGGGAGAAGCUGGCUGUGGCUCGCCUGCAGAGGGAAGUCGCACGGAGCAAGAGUGACGGCACGAUGCGAGAAAAGCUGAUCCACGAGCUAGAAGAAGAGCGACGCCUGCGACUGGAGAGCGAGAAGCGUCUCCGGGAAGUGACGGAGGAGUCCGAGCUGGGAAGGGCGCAGAUGGUUUCACUGCAGCAGCAGUUCUCCAGGAUGGAAGAGACGGUGCGGUCGCUGCUGCAGAACCAGGGCGUCCUGGAGCAGACGGCCGUGGACACUGUGGACAUCAUGAAGGCCUACAAGGAUAAACUCUCCGAGGAAGUGCAGAAGCUGCAGGUCGGCCUGGAGGCGACGCGGGCCGAGCCGGCCGACGCCGAGCUCGACGGCAGCCAAGCGGACGAAGACAGAGACAGAACCAAGCUCCUUCUGGAGCGCCUGAAGACCCUGGAGGAGGAGAACUCGGCGUUGGCCCUGGAGAAUGAGAGCCAGAGGGAGCAGUACGAGCGCUGCCUGGACGAGGUCGCUAACCAAGUCGUGCAAGCGCUCCUCACUCAGAAGGAUCUGAGAGAGGAAUGCUUGAAGCUGCGGACGAGAGUUUUCGAUCUGGAGCAGCAGAAUCGGGCGCUGAGCGUUUUGUUUCAGCAGAAGAUAAAGCCAGCUUCAGACCUCCUUCUUCAGAAACUCCAUUCGCGGAUUAUGGAUCUGUCUGCGGCCGAUUUGCUUCUGGAGCCAGAGAGGAGCAAGGCGUUCCUCCUUUCCAGGAAUACAGAGUCCCCUUCCAACGAGGUUCAUUCGAAUGGAAAGCCAGGUGUCCCUGUGGCCAAAUGUCUGAGCCAGCUGAGUCUGACGGCGCCCGCGCCCAUCUAUCCCCGCAGCAGCUGCAGCAGCAGCGAGCUGUCGCUGUCGAGCGCGUGCAGCGAGUUCUCCAGCGGCUCCUACACCUGGAAUGAUGGACGCUCCUGCGGGAAAAUGUCAUCCCUGACGUGGGAGAAGAGGCUGAGUUUGGGCUCGUCAGCUCCAAGUAACAUCUGCGCACCACUGGAGGAACAGCCUCCCACGCGGCGCAAAGAGAGCCACAUACUCGAGGGUCUGAGAAAGCUCCAGCGGAGGAAGAAUAGGAGCUCCUCCUGCUCCUCUAGAGUGUCCAAGUCAGGCUACAAAGACUGCAUGAACUCCAACGAGGGCAUCUACUCGUUGGGGAUCAAGGGCAGCAGCAAAGGGGUGUCCAAACCUGUCCAUGUCAGCCGAGCUUCUGGUGCUCUGGGAAGGCGGUUUUCCUACGAUUCGGACGAUGCUGACGAUGAACUGGCACGCUCUAGUUGCAGAGAUAAUAUCCCCACCAAGGACGGCUGGAUUCACUGCAAGAAGCUCUCUCACAGCAUCUCCGAUAGUUUGUGCAGCUUGGAGGGGACACAAGACGCUAUGGGUGAUGGAACCUCGUGCCCCAUAGCUUCAAAACCCUAUGACUCAAAGGAGCGUCCAGAGAAGCUCAUGAGUUUCAUAAACAGUUUUCUUCCUUUAGAAGGGCGUAAAUCAGCGUUUAGCAGGCCAGCCACUCAGCACAGAAAUCCUGCUCCAGUAGAAGGUCCGAGUUGCCUAUCCGACCCAGAUGAUCCAGAGGAAACCAUUCCUGGAUCUGGAGGGGUCAAGGCUCCAUGCAGUCAGCCGCAAGAACUAGCAGAGAGAGAUAUCAAGAGGCUCUCGAGGGAUACCAUCAAGAUUUUCAAACAACAGUACAUGCAAAAAGACCAGGGGCGCACUCAGUCUGCAGACGGGAGGCCAAAGCCUUUCAGCUUAUUAAAAGAACCUAAAGCAACCAAGUGCACCCAGUCUGAAGAGAGCGUACUGACGGUAUUUGAUGCAGAAGGAGAACCUAUUGAUCUGUGUGCUCAAAGACUGGUAUCAGGAGCAGAAGGUUGUAAAGCCACAGAGAUCCAAAAGAGGCCAACCAGGCAAAAUUCGGCGAACACCACAAAUUAUAGUGUUCUUGAAUCUCCUGAAAAGCCCUCAGAACAUCAGAGUAGAUCAGGUAAAGGUAAUAAUAGCAGGGAAGGAAGUGCAGAAAGGCUACAGUUAGCUCCUCAGAGGAAGCUGAUCAAGCCACCAAGCAGUCGAACUAACAAAGGCUUCUCUGUUCCUCCUAUGAGUGAUGUCAACAGCCCCAAGUCUGGUGGCUCGAAGAUCCCCGGUGUCAAUAAGCCCUCAGCUUCCCCGUUAAGAGUAUCCAAGGGGACAACCACUGAGCCGAGUGUCAGUGGAAACUCAGGACCCUCCACUCAGGAGAAAUCCCCGUCUUCUCUUACAGUCAAGAUGUCUAGAUUCAUCAAGACGCAGGGAACUUCCACUCAGAGUCCGAAAGCUGUGAACUGCAAGGUGCCUGGUCAGGCCGACUUGAGCAAAAGCUCUUCUUCCACUUCCCCCCACCUUCCAAAAAGGCGCCUCGACUUUUCUGACAGCAGCGAACAGCCGACCAGAGACAAACACUGUGAAACCAGCAAAAACAAACUCAGGUCUCCAUCUCCUCCCCCUCCCCCGGGACGCACCACCUCCUUACUGGUCAGACCAAAUUACGAAGGGUCGCCUCAAGCACACAAAUCAGGGGCUGCUCAACCAUCCACGCCAACCACUGUGAGGGGCCCUCCCCCGAGUUACCACACCUCAGUUGCACCAAAUAUGCAAGCCACGCUACCCAUCAAGGAUAAAGACUGCUUAGACGUAGAUGCAGGCUACGGAACUGCACUUGCACCUCAGAAGCUGGUGGACAAAACCACCCAGCACCUUCAGAAGUCCACCGCCGUGACUCAGACUCCAACUAAAGGCACUUCCAAGCGAAUAAAAGACUACCUCCCACCUGCAAGCUCAGGGUGUGCCAGAGUACCUGAAAUUGCACCUAAAAACUCUAAGAAUGUCCCUCCUCCCUACAGCGCUCUAAGAGUGUCUUCCCUUCAAAACUCCUUUGCGAAUAAAAGGACGCCUGCUCAAGAAAACAGCCACCAGACAGUACAGAAGACUUCUAUUAGUUUACCAAUAUCUCUCCAGGAGUCCGCUCAGUGUCCAACAGAGCCACAGAAAGCGGUCAUCAGCCCUCCGGGCCCAGCUGUUUUGUCUCCCAAUUUGUCAGAAAAAGCCUCAAAGACUCGAAUCCCAAUGGGAUUUAAAGCCUUUUUAAAAUCUCCUCCCAGCCAUAAAAGUAGCCCUACUAUACCAGGCAAACAAGAGAAAGAUCAUAUCAACUCUGUCUCCAAGGAAACUGUGACUUCAAAUGCUUCCACUCAGUGUGACGGCUCGCAGGCAGUGUACAGUAUCGACUCAACACCCACCAUGUCUGUCCCCGAAGGGAAAGGGGAAGUCCUGUGUCAGCCACAGGAAGAGGACUUACAACCUCCCGUGUUGUCAGUAGAAGGAAAUGUGAGUGACAAGGCAAAAAGGAGUAGUCAACUUUUUGGGAGAUCCAUAUCUAUUAAUACCAAACCCCACCUGAAGCCAGCUUUAGGGAUGAAUGGGGCCAAAGCUCGCAGUCAGAGCUUCAGCACCAACUACAUAGAGAAACCCAACAUCAAUGGUCUGGAGGGGCCAGGAAGAAUCAGGACUCAAAUCAUCACUAACUCAGGCGAAAGAGGGAAUUCGCUGUCGAGACAGGGUUCUUCCGAAACAACUGGGGUUGGAUUGGCUGAAAGUCCAAUACAUUCCCCUAGAACCAGGCUCAGCCAUCAUGGCGGCAUGAUGGGACCAAACAGUCAGAGCGGCCUCCCUGAGAAAACCCUUCAGUCAUGUGUUAAGGGUGAGGGACCCACUGGUGGAGUAAAAGGGGACGGAGUCACCUCACCCUCUCAAAAAGAAGCUCGUACCUUGUCCAAAAGUGACAGAACUGCUUUUAAUAACGUGCAAAAGCCAGCAAAAGUGGCCUCUCAUCCACAAUUCCAGCCUCCUUCUGCUUUUGUCUUCAGCCCAGAAAGUCCUACAAGAGAAGCGGAUGCCAUUGCCACCUCUCCUGCUGAGCCAGACAAAACCCAGUUGGGCUCCCCAAGCAAAUUCCCAGACACAGAGGAGAAAAAAAUCAGCCCGACGACAUGCACUAUUGAAGAGAAAGUGAUGAUGGGGAUCGAGGAAAACCUGCAGAAAAGUCAAGAGCAGGAGAAGGCAGCAGCUAAUGAGGCCAAACAGAAGACGGGCCCGUCUUUAGCCAACUGGUUUGGCCUCCGUAAGAGCAAACUUCCGGCUCUGAGCGGCAAAAAAGCAGAUUCCCCGAAGGCAAGAGAAGAGAAGAAAGAGCUUAAGAUCGGGUCGGUGCUCGGCGGCAAACAGAUCAAGUCUGACAAGAAGAAGGAAAAGAAGAAGGAUGGCCAGGAGGUCCAGAAUUUGUCCGAGAUGAACAACAAGCUGAGCUCCAUCAUGGACCACUGCAACAAUCAGAUGGGUCAGAUCGCCAGUCAGAUCCAGAGUACAACUGUGUUAAUCGGCAAGGACCAGUUUGUAAAAGAGCUUCUUGGGAGAGCUGCUGUGAAGGGCAACGCUUCGCCACCUGCCAUCUCCACGCCGAAGAAACACUGUGAAACGAAGGGGGACAUGCAGAUCUGUCCAGAUAAUACCCUCAUACUGACGCAAAAGAUCAGCCUCAAGGCCAAAAGCGAGGAGGGGAACAUUCCGGACACGUCGUGUCAAGACCACAUGAUAGGCUCCAGCUGUCAGAUGAGAACCCUGGACAGCGGAAUUGGAACCUUCCCCCUGCCCGAUUCGGUCACGCGGGCCAGCGGUCGCCACAUCCCCAAAUCUGAGUCCAGUCCCGAUGGGGUGAUCGCCGGCUCCACUGAGCGCAGUCGGGACGCUCCCUCCUCCCACCCUGACCCCUCACAGUCCGAUUCAAAAGUGCCUUCCCCUUCAAAAGCCCAUGUGCACACCCCCACUACCAGCAUGGGUCACUCCCUGUCUGAUCCCACUGUGACCUGCAGCAGAAAUGCCCCGGACACCCAGAGUCGCCUGCCCAAGCUGGCAUCCACAGACGCAAUCAAGACCAAAAGGUUGAGUCUUUGUGCCCAGCGAAGCGCCGUCUCCGCUUCCGCCGAGGGAGACGGGGACGAAACGGAGAGGAAGAUGAAAACAAGCGAGCAUGAAUCACCUGGUGAGAAAACAUUGCGAGUUUGCGUGUAUCCAGUCAGCGACAGCGACACCGAGACUGAAUCAGAGGGAACUACGAGUACUUUGGCGUCGCCGCUAAGAACCCCGAUGAACAAGCUUCAAAAGAGCGACUCUGUCGAGCAGAGUGAGGAGACCUUGAAGAAACGGAAUGCAGAGAAAUCCCUGUCCAUUAUGGACUACUAUCAGCACGAUGUGUUCUCGCACCUGGAGACAGACGCCAGGACGAUUUCCCAGUACAGCUUGCUGCACAAAGAGUCGUCCCUCGAUGGAAAAGCAGGAGACAGGCUCAGUAAAGAGAUUCCCGUCAGUCCGAACCAGCCGGCCUCCCUGGACGUCUCCCUGGAAUCCUUGAGCAAAAUGACUCACCCCGCCGAGACGGGGAAGACCGCAGAGAGCUGCUGCAAGGUCAGCCGCUCCUCCUGCGCCUCCAGCUUCAUGGGCAGGCCCGGGGCGGACCCCGCCGGCUCCCUCAGCGACUCGCUCUACGACAGCUUCUCCUCCUGCACCAGUCAGGGCUCCAACGACGUGUGAGGAUGCCAACACGCGUUUGGAAAACCAGUAACCAAGGUGGUCCGCAGAGGCCACCCAGACCGUACAAGGUUACUUACCCACAAUGCCCACUUUGGAAAAUUGUUCUAUGCUGGAAAAGUCUAUAUUUUUGGAACAAUUACAAAAAAAGGGGGUUUCAAAGCCAAAACUAACAGUUUUAUCCCUCCUUGUUGCAUCUUGGAUGAAAUAUGUUAUAUAUUUUGGGUUCAAAAACUUCUAUUUAUACCAUUAAUUAUGUGGACAAAAUUAGCUACUUUCUACACUGUAAAAAUUGAAACGUUGGAUCAAUUAAAAAAAAGCUCUGCAAUAUGUUGCAUUUAAAAUUAUUUGGUCUAUGGUUUACUAAACUCAAAAAUGUAACUUGAUAAAAACAGUUUUUAAAUGUAACAACUUAUAGAAAUUUUGUCAGUUGAUCCAACAUUUCUCCUUUUACAGUGUAUCUAAAAACGAACACAGAAGACGCCUUUAACAUUUAACUAUUUGGGAAUAAAACAUUUUUUCAAACUGUUAAAACCAAUUAAAAAACAAUUCUGGAGCUUCCUCCACCCCCCCUCCUACCUCGUCGUUCAUGUACUGAGAAAUAUUCAAAUAUUAUGCAGGUAUCCUUGGUUUGUAGAAAUGUAAAUAACACGCCGGGUCAGCACGGAUUUAUGGUUUUCGCAAAAAGCACUUAUCGGAGCCGAAGGCGCAACCAAAAGUCGGAAAUGGGGGCGUGGCGGGACUGGAAAGCAAUACACACACACUUUGUUUCCUUGACAUUUUGGGUCAAAAAUGCUUCCUAUGAUUGCACUCUAAUAAAUACUGUACAGGACUGUAAAUAAUAAUAAAAAAAUAAUAAUAUUAUUCAAACUGAUCAGCAGAGGCAGCAAAGUUGCUGCUUGAAAACUCUCCAUAGACAUAAAAAGUUUUGGAAGUGUUGCUACAGUACUUUCCCGCCAAAUAAAAAUGCAGCAAUAAUGUCAGAUUGCAGCUUUUCUGGUUCUUUUACAUACAAGAAAAACGUAAAUGCAAAAUUCAGAAAGUCCGUAAAUUUGUUUUUUGAUAAAUAAAUACCUAAAACAACAUAUACCGACUAAGGCUAUGUCCGAAUUCCCUCACUACGCUGUAAAAAAUUGAAAUGUUGGAUCAAAUCAUAAAGAUUCUGUCAUUUGUUACAUUUUAAAUUAUUAAUUUUCAUCAAAUUAAAGCUUUACUCAACUCAAUUAAAAUCAUAAAAGGUCAUUUUUUUUUAAAUUGAUCCAACAUUUUAAUUGUUUGCAGUGCAGUCACCUUAUAGUGCGCUCGCCACUUUGUAGUGCUUUCCAAAUCUACAAUUCCAAAGUUGUAGAAAUUUCCCAGAAGUCUUUGCAAAAAACUAGUAUGCAUCAAUGCUCACUACAUUAGCGAAUAUAGACCACAAUGCAUUGCAUUGG